UUUGGAAACGUCAAAUUGCUAGAAACACUGAUAGAUAAGUGGCCGAAUGAUUAUUUUUCUACUCAUGUCGAAAAAUUAGAUGAAUUACUUUCAAAAGCUUAUGAAGAAUUAAAACUGAAAAAUAUCUCACUAUCCGAUGAAAUAACUCUUUUUAUUGAAAAAAAAUUAGUCGAUUUACGAUUUUUUGCCACAAAUAUGAAAAAAGAUGAAGACGCAGAAUUGACUGUACACAAAAUUAGAGAACGAAUUUCUUUUGUUAUUCAGAACAUUAAUUUAUUGAAUGACACUCCGAAUAAUCCGCCGCAAGAAUUUUUAUUUAUAGCUAAAAGCAUUGCGCAAAAUAUGAACGUGUUAAAACGCCAAUUAAAAUCGACUUACAAUAUGCUACCAUGGGAAGAAGUUGAAUUUUGUUUAGUAGCUUUUAUUUCGACUUUUAUUAAAAAACAAGAAUUAAAUUUAUUUUAUCUAACUUCACUGACCAAACUGAAGGUGAUAAAAUACUUGACGAUUUUUGCGAAAUAUCUAACAGUGGUAAAAGACAAUCUGAAAACUUCAGAAAUUGACAAAUUGUCCAUUUUCCCGGACAUAGAUCGCAACACUAAUAUCGAACAGAUAAUGGACAAGUAUCUGGAAUUUAAAGAGCUUUAUGAUGAUUAUCAGCAAAUAUGCGAUAUUUCUUCCGUGGAAAGAAUAAGCAAAUAUGCAGAUUUGGCAUCAUCGGUUGAUCCAACAAAAAGAGACGGGCAACUCGUGAUUCUUAGGUGCUUGCAAGUUAUAGGAGAAUGCAUGAAAAAUACUUUAGAAUCUCCCAAGAUGUCUUAUGUCACAAGCGAUCGUCUACUUCUGUCAUUGCCAAAAAAUACGAGGAAAAUCGUUACUAAUUUGAGAAAUUCACUGACACAUAUGUCUGUGUUUUCUCAAAUAAAUACGAUUCAAGCCAAUGUUAACAGUAACUCUUUCAAAGGUAUCCAAAAUGAUGUAAAGAGUAUAAGGCACGUAAUUGCAAAAUUUCAAUACACCAAUAAAAGAAAGACAAUUAAAAAAUUGCUCAUGCAAUUAAUGGAGAGUGAAAACUUUUUUGACGAAAUUAAGCGAGUAGCUGUCUUUUUUAAAAAUUUCAAACUAAACCAAAUGUUUUUGAAAAAUGUCUAUAGAUCAGAAGAUUAUGAAAAUAUUGAAAAAUUAAUCAAUGACUUACGUAUGCUCGUGUCAGAUCCAACAGAAUCGGAAACGAACAUUUUUAAACAAAUUAAUGAUAUACUAGAAAAAAGUAAGUUGGAUAAUCUCAAAAAAGAUUAUGAUGUGAAAACAAUGACAUUGGAAAACUUGUUAAGUUUGUCUGUGCAAAGAAAUAACAUGAAUGAAAAUGAAGUUAGAAAUAGAAAAUAUACGAUUAAAACAGCUCUUGAAAAUAUGGAUACUACUGCAGAAUUGAACAAUAUCAAAAAAAUUGUUGAAUUAGCUACCGAAAUUGGAUAUAUUAAUAGAUUAAAAAUGAAACGCAAUAAUGUGGUUGGUAUAUCUGCAAUAAUUGAAGAAAUCAUUUCCAGUAUUGAACAGGCCGAGACAAGCGACAUCAAAAGCGUUACAGAAUUAAGAUAUAAACUAAACAGAAAGCAUCAAAUUAUUAAAAAUAAUGAUAAAAUUGGUUUAAGUGCAAUUAAAAACAAUUCUAAUCAAAAACCUAAUACAAAAAUGAAUGAACUGAAAAAUAUUCUACACAAUUAUACUUCAAAUGGUUCGCUUGACGUCCCUCGCUUUCUGUCAGAUAAGGAAUUAAUAGCUUCUAUUGAAAUGCUUAUGUUAGAUAUAUUAGCAAGCAGUUUCAGAAACCGUUUGGAGAACAACGUGCACUUUUUGGAUUAUAACGUUCCUAUUUUAAUCGGAAAAUCGCUAAGAAAUCACUUGGCUCAUUAUAACACACUAGUUGAUAUUUUACCGGUUGACCCUCUCAAAGCUCUAAUUUUGAAUGCCCAGAUAUUCACGUCAGAAAAAAUGAAAACGAACAGCGAAAUGAUUGGUAAGGUGCCACAAGAAGACAUCUCAAAAUUGAAACGCGUAUUUGAGCAAUGUCUGAUUUCAAUAAAGAAUCAAGAAGUUAUGUUUGUAGCGUUAGAAAACAGCCGUUUCAAAGAUUUGAAAAAGUGUAUGGCAAAAGGAGCAGAUGUUAAUGCUAGAGGGAUCGAUUUAUGGACUGCCUUGCAUUAUGCUGCUAAGGGUGGCAGCGUCGAAAUAGUACAAUUCUUGCUGAAUCAUAAUUUGAACGCUAAUGUCCGGGACACGAAUAAGCAAACCCCUUUACAUGUUGCGGCUACGUACGGAUCUCACGACGUUAUUGAAUUUCUCAUAAAAAAUACGAAUUUGAACGUGGAUGACAGGGACAAUACUGGAAAAACACCUCUACAUAUUGCGUCUGAAAAUGGUUUUAAAAAUAUUGUAGAACUAUUACUAAAAUAUAAAGCUAAAAGCAGCAUUCACGAUUUUUCAGGUAAAGCACCUUUGCAUUAUGCCGUAGAAUAUAAUUAUGAAGAUAUUGCUAAAUUGUUACUACGUCUUGAGUCGAGUGUCGACUGCAAUCAAAUUCUAGGUGGAUUUACAACAUUGCAUAUGGCAGCGGAAAAGGGUCAUUUAAAUUUAGUGAAUUUUUUACUCGAGUGCAAAGCCAAUGUUCAUGCAAAAACCGAUAAUCAGGCAACGGCACUACAUCUUGCAUCACUCAAUGGUUAUCUAGAUGUAGUAAAAGUUUUAAUCCUAAGUGGAGCAAAUGUAAAUGCUAGAGUUUUAGAAGGAUGUACACCAUUGCAUUACGCCAUAGAAAAUGGACACGAAAAAAUCGCUGAGCUUUUGUUGAAAAACAAAGCCGGUUCCAAUAUUUCUGACAGAGUAAAUUAUUAUACACCUUUACAUUAUGCAGCAAAAGAUGGCCAUGAAGGAAUAUUGAGAACUUUAUUACGAUAUAAGGCUGAUGCUACAGCAGAGACUAAACAGGGGCUAAAUCCUAUGUUUUUCGCUAUUCAGAGUGGACACACAAUGAUAGUUGAUGCUCUACUGUCACACGGUGUAGAUGUUAAUUAUAAUAAAUCUUUCAAUUACAUAGAUCUAGCAAUAGACUGUGUCCAUAAACCAAUAGUUUUCCUCUUGUUGAAGCAUAAAAUAAAUGUUAACAUUCGUAAUUGCGAUAAUGUACCGCCUAUCUUUGCGGCUGCUUUGAAAGGUGAUAAAGAUAUUUUUGACGCCUUGAUAGAACACGGAGCUGCAACAAACGUAAGAAAUCUUGAAGCAUCGACAUUAUUACACGCAGCUGCGGAAGGUGGCAACAAAGAUAUUAUUGCUGCACUGAUUCAACGCAAAGCUGAUGUCAAUGCUAAAUGUAUAUUUGGAGAUACGCCCAUCUAUGAAGCUGUUAGAAAUGGCAACGUAGAUGCCGUUAAAAUUCUGAUUGAUAAUAAUGCAGACAUUCAUUCAGGCGAUUACAAACCUUUAUAUGUAGCGGCUUGUAACGGCUAUAAAGAAAUUGUUGAACUUCUAUUAAGUCAUGGAGCUGAUAUCGAUGCUGUAAGUUCGGAUGGCUCUACAGCCCUGCACGAAGCUAUAACAAACGAUCAUCGAGAUGUAUUUGAAGUACUGUUGACACAUAAAGCUAGAAUCGAUAUAAAAACUAAGUGUGAUAAGCUUACUCCGCUAUCCAUUGCAUGCAAAAGUAACAAAAAGGAUAUGGUUGAAAUGUUGAUAAAUAGAGGUGCUGACGUGAAUGCUGACGGAGGUUUUCCUCUUUUUUACGCCGUUUCAAACAGUAACGUGGAUGUUAUCAAUAUUUUACUAAACAAAAAAGCAAAUAUUCAUAAAAAGUAUAUAUUAAAUUCGAAUCUAUUACAUCUAGCGGUGACAAUGUCUGACUGUGAGACGAUUAAAUUUUUAUUGAGUAGAGGAAUAAACGUGAACUGUGAAGGAGAAAAACGUUAUACACCAUUACAUAUGGCAGUGGAUAAUGAUUAUAAUCUUGCUGUCGAUAUAUUGUUGUCGAAGGGUGCUAACAUUCACUGCCAAACUGACGAGGGCUUAACGCCGCUGCAUAUCGCGGCCUAUAAUGGAUAUAGUGAUGUAGUUGAAACUUUACUCAAUCGAAAAAAUUUUAAUACAAAUAUCAAGGAUAACAAACAUAGGAUUGCUUUAGAGCUAGCCGUGGCUAAUAAUCAUCUCGAAAUCGUAAAACUUUUACUGUCAUGUGGUAAAAUAAACCUUCAUAAUAAAGGUCAGUAUGAUUUUACGAUUCUUCACAUUGCUGCUCAAACUGGACACUUAGAGAUCGUAAGAUAUUUAGUCGAUAAUGGCGCAGAUAUAAAUGCUAAAAAUGAUUGCGGAUCAAAGCCCAUACACAUUGCUGCCAGAGAGGGACAUACGAAUCUAGUAGAGUUUUUCUGCGAACGCGGCCAAUCCGUCGAUGAAGUUGGUACAUGUAGUAGAACAUUAUUGCACUAUACUGCUGAUGCAGGACAGUUAGAAGUUGCAAAAUAUCUUAUAGCACAUGGAGCUGAUAUUAAUGCCAAUGAACGCAAUGGCAUAACAGCCCUACAGCUGGCUUGUUUUCACGAGCAUCAAGAUAUUGUAAAUUUAUUACUGGAGAGUGGUGCACGGUACAACACAGUUGAUAUGGAAGAUUUGCAAUUUUUAAACUCAACCCCAAAUGUCUUUAAGUUGUUAAAAUUAACAGAUAAUUUAUUCAAAUCCGUCAAAAACAACGAUUUUUCUGCGUUAAGCUCUUUUAUUAAAGCAGGUGUACCCGUUAACGCUAGAAAUAAAAAUGACAUGACUGUCUUACACUAUGCGACAUGGAAAGGAUAUGAAAAAAUUAUCGACAUUUUAUUAGAAAACAAUAGUGAUCCAAAUAUGACAGAUGAAAAAGGAUUUACUUCAUUGCAUUAUGCUGCCAAGUUUAAUCAUCUGAAAAUAUUAAAAGUUUUAUUAGCUAAUGGAGCAGUAUAUAAUGCUGUUUCUAAAAGUGGAAAAUCUCCAGAAAAUUUGUCUUCUGAUAAAAAUAUUUCAAAAGUGUUAAAUGUAAUUGAGAAAUUAUUUUUGAAAGUUGAAAAAAACGAUUCUACACUCAUCAAAGAUUUAAAGAGAAUUGAUGACAAUGAUGAUGCUCAAGCAAUUUUAGGGACAAGAAAUGCAGAAUAUAAAACGCUGGUUGCCUUUGCCAUUUGUACUAACUAUUCAAAAAUUGAAGAAUUAAAGGACGCAUUUCUAGAUGAUUUGUCUGGUCAAGAGAAAUUGACUUACUUACUGUGCGCUCAAGAAGAGUAUGAAAAGGCUUUGAAAAUAUACGAAAAAAUUGUAUUAAAAAGAAAAAAAAUUCUGGGAGAUAAUAAUAUCAGCACAUUAGAUGCUCAAAGUAAAAUAGCUGGAAUAUUGUACAAGCAACAAAAAUUCGAGAAGGCUUUAAAUAUGUAUGAAAAAACUUAUCAAAAACAAAAAGAAUUGUUAGGAGAUGACAAAAAAGAUACUUUGGAUACAAAAAGUAAAAUCGCUUUAAUACUGCAUCGACAAGGAAAAAACGAGAAAGCGUUAAAUAUUUAUAAACAUGUUUAUCGAAAACAAAAAGAAAUAUUACCAAACGAUGAUAUUGAUAUUCUAAACACUCAGCUGCACAUGGCUUUAGUUUUAGAUGCGUUGAGAAAAUACGACGAAGCACUGGAGUUAAAUUAUAAAGUUUAUGAAAGUCGUAAAGCAAAAUUAGGAAAACGUAGUCCAGCAACAUUGUCUGCUCAAAAUAACAUUGGGAUGGUUUUAAGUCAUCAAGGAAAGUACGAUGAUGCGUUACAAGUGUAUCAAAAUGUGUUGAAGACAAGAAGAGAAGUUUUAGGACCAAAUCAUUCUGAUACAAUAAGACCUUUGAGUAAUAUAGCAAGUGUUUAUGUAAUGAUGAACAAAUUUAAAGAGGCAUUAAUGCAAUAUCAAGGAGUUUUAAAAAUACAAAAAGAAGUAUUAGGACUUGAUCACUUGGAUACUUUGAAUACUCAAGUGAAUAUUGGAAAUUUACUAUUUUACCAAGGAAAACACAUAAGCGCUCUCAAAGUGUUUAAUGAAUGCAUCGAUAGAAGAAAAAAAUUCGUAGGAUCAAAUCUCGACGUUUUAGGUAUUGAUGCCAAGAUAGAAGCGAUUAAAAUAAAGUUAAACAUGGGAAAUCAGUUGGAUAUGAUUGAUAUCAUCAAAAAUCAUGAUACAAGUAUAAAAAAUGCCAUUAGUUGCGGUGAUUUUGAAACUGUCCAAUGUCUAUUACAAGAUGAUGUUGAUAUAGAUCUGCAUGAUUCUGAAGGAAGAACAUUACUCCACUUUGCUGUUGACAAUGGUAGCACAGCUAUUGUCAAUAUGUUAAUAGAAUAUGACGCCUCUGUUAAUGUAGUGACCAAAAGGGGUAAUACACCAUUGCACAUAGCAUGCUCUAAAGGACAUACAGAAAUCACUUCGAUUCUGUUACAAAAAGUGAGUCAUAAACAAUUAAACUCUUUUAUUAAUGCAAAAACAACUGGUGGUGGCAACACAUCGCUUCAUGUUGCUGCUAAAAAAGGUCAUUUUGACAUCGUUAAGUUGUUAUUAAAGUUUGGAGCUAUCUACAAUUUAAAUAAUAGUGCAGACAAAACGCCAUUGGACAUUGCUGAAGAUCAAAAUGUCACUUCUUAUCUUAUGCUUGUUAAAGAAUCAUAUGAAGGUGUCAAAAUGGGCGAUGCAAAUAUUGUAAAAAAACUAUCAGUCGUAAAAUCUGACAAACUUUUGCCCAUUUUGUAUGCACGAGAUAAUCACGAAAAUUCGCUCAUACAAGUAGCAAUUCUAAACAAACAUCAGAAAUUUGCUUUAAAAUUAGUAACUCUACUGAAGAAUUUUGAAAAAUUGUAACCCAUCUAUAUACACCAGUAUACACAUGUUUUAGAUAUAUAAGAAGAGAAAAAGUUACAUAUUUUUGUAUGUACAUUAAAAUGUAAAAUUAUACAUACUUUAAAAAGCGUGGUAGCUUAUCACAAUUUUUUAUAUAUUUUCUAUGAUGUCUUUAUUUCUUAUAUAUAUUUUUAAAACAUAGUUUUCAUGUAUAGAGAAUGUUUAUACUAAUUUUUUUGUGAAAGCGAUAAAUACCUUUGAAGCAAACCUAUAAUUUUUCUUAUUUUAUUCCAUUAUCCAUUCGAAGCUUUGUAAAAAUUCCGUUUAUAAUAAGUAAAAUUAGUUUUUAUAAGAAUUUGUUUAAAAAAUAUAUUUGUACAUACUUGAAACUACAUGCAUAUAACGAUUGUUCUAUUGUGCAAAUAAUGACUUCGAAUAUGUCCCUGAUGUUUUAGGAUGUUAAGAUAUAAAAGAUGAAUAAAGCAAGCAUCCAUAUUGGUAAA